AUGCCUUCCACAAAGCAGCAGCGUGCCCGUCGCCAGACCGCCCCUUCUGGCCCGCCGCGCAAACCCACCGCCAGUGAAACACAAGGAAGCCUCUUGGUCGUCGAGGAAAAGUCGCCUGGCUCUCUCGAGUGGAAAGCGCCAGGAUGGAACAAUGAACUGGAGUUCUCGCAGUGGCUCAAUGGCGUCAAAGAUGAUCUGAUCGAAGACAGCUAUGAUGAGUACCAGAAUUGCUUGGAUGAGCUCGAACAUUCGAAAGACCAUAUCGAUGAAAUCUUAACGAACACUCUCACACUCCUCGAUGACCUGUCCAGUCUGUCCGAAUCAUUCAAGUCGGUUGAGACUCAGACAUCCAACUUCGAGAAGCAAUGCGAAGGAUUGCUGUCGGCCCAAGAACGGGACACAAAGCUUGCAAAUGGGAUCCAGAACAAUCUCCAUUAUUAUGAUUUCUUGGACCCGGCGUCACGACGACUCAACGCCCCUGGCGCGGGAAACACUGUCCGCGAUCAAGAAUUCUCCGAUAUGCUGAGGCGACUGGAUGUUUGCUUGGACUAUAUGGAAACACAUCCGGAUCAAAAAGAGGCCGAGGUAUAUCGAUCCCGAUACCGGCUAUUGUUAACGCGUGCCCUUACGCUGAUCCGGGGUAACUUCGUGUCUUCUCUGAAGGAGAUUUACCAGAAUGUGUCCAAGAAAGUUUCAGAUCAGCAAUUAAACGACACAGCAUUAUCGGCCCUGCUGUAUGCCAAAUUCAGGGUUGGAGCACCCGAACUGAAACAGAUCGGAGUUGAAAUUCAAAAGCGAGCUGUCCCGCCACUGAAUCCAGACCAGAACGACGAAGCAGAAUACCAAAGUUUGAUGAACGAACUACACAGCAACUACUCCGCUAUUCGCGCGAAGCUGAUCAUUCCGCUCGCCAGGAAAAAGUUGAUCGAAAUCACACAGACACCUAGCUCAUCCAAGGAUCUGGUAUCCUUUGCCCGGGCUAGUAUUAGCUACAUUCGCGGCUUGUGUCUAGAUGAAUAUGACCUGUGGGGAGAAUGGUUCCAUGGAAAGGGUGGUCUUUAUGAGUUCUUGGAAACACUAUGCGAACCACUAUACGAUCACCUUCGUCCUCGAAUCAUCCACGAGUCUGACAUUGUCAAGCUAUGCCAGCUGUGUAAUCUACUGCAGACUCGUUAUUUCUCAGAUCCAGAAGAAGAGCAAGAACAGACUGAGACCAAUCACCUCGACUUCUCUGCCUUGAUUCAGCCUGCUUUGCAAGAUGUUCAGGCCCGACUUGUUUUCCGUGCGCAGGCUGUUCUAAAUGACGAGAUUGAACGGUACAAACCCCGCCAAGAAGAUGUUGACUACCCCAUGCGAAAUAAGCAGGUAUCUUUGACUGUGUCCGAUACCCAGAUUUCCGGCAAGAAAGAUACCUCCGCGGACACUCUGAUCGACAUGACUACUCAGCUGGGCAAUGAUGCUGGCGAGCAAGACUCGGAAAGCAAAUGGGACUUUGAGACCCAAACUGCCCUUAAAGGGUGGUACCCUACUCUGCGGAAAGCAAUCUGGCUUCUGAGCCGGAUCUACCGCCUAGUAAAUUCCACCGUGUUUGAUGACUUGGCUCACCAAAUUGUGCAUCAAACUACCCUCUCCCUACAAAAUGCCAGCUCCAUCAUCGCCGGGAAAGCAACGCCGGCUGACGGCCAACUCUUCCUAAUGAGCCAUCUCCUAAUCUUGAAGCAACAAAUUGUCGCCUUUGACAUCGAAUAUGUUGCUCCAGAAGUCACCUUUGAUUUCUCCGGCGUAACCAACACAUUCUGGGAGCUCCGAGAGCGUGGUGGUCUCUUCAAUCCGCGCAAUCUGAUGCGCCUGGUUGGUCAUGGUCUCAUCCCGCGGGUAGUAGAAAACAUGCUUGACGCCAAGGUAGAGCUAGAUGGCCGUCUCCGCACCGUCAUCAAUGACUUCAUUAACGCUUUCGCUGCACGCAUGACUGCCUCCCUCCCUGCGAAAUUCGUGGACACACGCAACCUGCAGCGCGGCGAGCUCAUUCUUCCCUCCUGCCGAACGAUUGAAAAAGAGGUCCCUGGUCUCCGUAAGGUCUUGAAUGAAUACAUCGAUGAUACGCGGAUGAAGGAGACCCUUGUCGGCGCUGUUCAAGACCGUACCAUUCAGAUAUAUGAGGAAUUCUUUGAGAAGUAUACCUCCUCUGAGAAGGGGAAGGGCAAUCAUGUCAGCAAGAAGGGCAAAGGCCGAGAUGACGCGGUCUGGGAUGUCAAUACUUUUGCCGAAUGGUGUGAAGGCGUGUUCCGCGUCGGUGUAUCGGGCUUGCACGCUGACCUUCCUGAGGAUGACGAUGAUCUGCUAAGCACCAGUUCUUGA